CCGGCGGUAGAUUUUCGCGGGUGCCGCGCGGCGUACUUCCGCGAGAGGACCAACCCCAUACGCGCGCCAGCGAGGGAGAGAGAGAAAGAGAGAGAGAGAAAGGGACCGAGGGGUGGAAGGAAGGAGGGUGUGCGAGCGCGCAGCGGGGCUCCUCUCUCGAUCCGCAUCGCGCGCCCGUAACCUUCCGCGGCCUCGGCUGUCCUCGUUGCCGAUAACGAGCGGCCGCGGGGCGGUUUUCCGCGCGCGCGGCGGAGCGGCGGCCGAAGACCGAGCGCAGCGGUGGUGCCGGGAACGGCGAACGAGGGGAACGGGGACGACGGUGGCACAGGACGGAAGGGGGACAAGGCCGGAACGCGGCGGCCUGAAACCGAGACGGACGGGGGAUCAAUCGGCGACGGCAUGAGGAGACGCCUCGGGGCGCCCACCACGGCUACUGUCUCAUCGUCAGCGAGCGAGAACGGCCGCGUUGCCAUUGUCACUACGCGCCGCUGCUUGGCACACGAACGUACGCGAGCGCUCGGCACGCGAUGGGCGCCGAAUACGAACGUUGACUGCCUGUCGUCGGACGUGUCGCCGCGGCCACCUCGGAGGGGACUUUUGUCGUCCCCGAUCUAAAAAUCGCAAUCUAAAUCGCCCUCUCGCACGCGAAAAACUCCGGCUAUAUCCCCGUGCGACGGAUACGCGCGUAUCCUCGAGAACAACGCGGGGAGGGAGAGACGCGCGACAGGAUUCCAAGGGCUAAACGACACGCGCACCCUGCUGCUGCUGCUGUUGCUGCUGCUGCGCGAAUACUUCGUUGUAAAAGAUAUAUAGAAAGAUACGUAGCGACGAAGAGAUCUUCGCACACACGUGGCGUUAAAUCUCUCGAGAUAAUCGCCGAAACGAAAAAGAAGAAACGGCGAUAGUUAAUGGAAUUAGGAGAACGCUCGAUGGAUCCGCCCGGAAUUUCGCGAACGGGUAUCCGCGUAUCCCACUUGCGCGAGCUCUCGCGAAGUUAGAGCGCUCCACGGUAGAGGGGUGGCUUCGGAGGGGGAGAAAAAGCGCGCCGGGGGUCAUCGACGGUAACUGGGACACCGCGGGCCGACGCGAUCAUAGUUUCGGGGACAGCGCGUCCCUUAACCUUCUCGGUGCUGAACACGCGUCAAAACUGAGAGAGUCGGAAAGUUUUGUAAAGUAGGAGAAGAAGAUUUGAAAGGAAGAAAAACGAUCGUUCCGGGGCUUCUCCCCAUCGACUAAUCGUCACUACUACGCCCCGGAUUUACGUAGACGUAUUACUAAAUGUGAGUGAUAUAUAGCAAUCGUGUGGAGUCUUUCCAUCCCUGUCGUUAAUCUCGAAGCAGCGAGAAGAGCGCAUUUAAGCGCAUUUAAGGCUAAACGCACGUUCAGCACCGUCCGACACGCCGGAAUAAUUUUGGGGCGACCGAUUACUGUACUUAGUACAGUGAAACAUUAAUGCGUUCGAUAAAAAAAACAAGUGCGUAUACACGCAUGUAUAUACGGGUACACACAGACACGCACACAAACGCGGAACACCGCACGAAUCUAUAUUAGAUACAUGUAUACACAUACAUGUUAAAAAUUUAUUUAAAUACAUCGUAGAUAAAUAUAUUAUACGUGUGUUAAACCUUUUCAUAGAGAUCUAAAUAUAACGACGUUGACAAAUUACAUAGUAUAUCACGUUACGCGAUUCUCGAUAAUCAAAUAUCGAUAAUUCGACCGCACGGAAAAAAAUAAUACUCGCGAGAGAGAGAAUAACUCCUAGAGAAAAUUAAAAAUCGUACAACCGAAAAGAUAAGCGCGAGCGGGGAAAAAACGAAGAAAAGUUACUCGCUCCUACGAGGCAGUUACGCGUUCUACGAGGACACGGAGGAAGAGCGAGAGGAAGGAGAUACUUAAAUACUUGUACCGUGAGACUCGAGCGGUCGUAUGCGUUACAUGUGGUAACGAAAGUCGAAUACCUGAAACAAUCCUUAUCGAUCAGCCGAUCGAAGAAACUGCCACGAAACAUUUGCCAAUUACGUUAACGGAAAGAAAAAAAAAGGAGAGAGAGGAACUUACGGGACUCUCUAUUCUUCGUCAAUGCGCGCAAGUACUCGCGCGAGUCCACGGUGCUCAAUUAGGCAUAUAAGUACAAAGACACGCAGGCGUGCAAAUUAUUUUUCUCGAUCGAAAUGUGCAUCCCUAUAUACGUUAGCAAGUAAGCGCAUCGAGUCUGUCCAAAAGAAAUCCCCUGAGUGAGGAAACCAACUCAAACGAUCCUCGAUCUACCUCAACGACUGUCGGCUCAGCCUCACUUCCUUCGAGCGUAUCCCUCGGCAAGAAAUCAUUGAGGGAGUACCACUAUUGCGAAUCUCGUCCAACUGAAAGUCCUAGAACUUAAAAUCUUCUGACCAUCGACCCUCGAUUAUUGUCACUUCGCAUUCUCGGAGCAAGAUACCCUUACACGAUCCACCGCAUAAGUUAUUGAAGUCAAGUUCUCGAUCGAACUCGAGAGAUUUUUCGACGGGCGCUUAAUUCCGUUGCUCGCUACCGAUACGAAUAUUUCGGCGCUAUUAAACAUGAGAAACGCCGAAUAAAUUUGUAAGAUGAUCGAUGUAAACGGACGCGCAGCCCUCGUGUGUUUCGAGUCGCGCGAAAUCUCGAUCGUUGUUCGCUCAAUCCUCGAGCUCGUCGGGCGAUAGAUAAGAUUCGAUAGUAAUUGUUACAUACAGCGAGUAUCUGUCUUCGGGGUCGAUUGAAUGCUGACGAUUAGGGUCUCAAGUCGACGCACGUUACAUCGUGCGUGAUCACGCGUUGUGCAUUUCGCAAAUCAAGGAAGUGAUAUGCUCUAUCUCACGCGGAUGCGCGGACAUGAUAAUGCUGGCGGCGAGAGAUGAGAUUAGAGCGCCAAGAAGAAGAGAAAGAGAGAAGAAACAGCUGCACCGCGGGACAAAGAGAAGGAGCCGCACUAAGAAAGACAUACAGCCAUGUCAUGGGAGUCUAUCUCGUCCAGGGAUUACCUCGGCGGAUCGGCGAGUCAUCAACUCUCUGCGACCGCGCUGCUGGGUAGCCCUGAUGGAUCGAGACACCCACUCGACGUCUGCGAGUUCACCGAAGAGGAUUACCGGCAUCAAAAUGGCAACGGUAAUAAUGGUCAUUACCAAAAUGGCAGGUCGGGCGCUGGUAUAUGGGAAUGUCUUAUAAGCUGCAGAAAACGACUCGAUCAACAAUUAGCACGAAGGAGGGUGGAGCAAGGAUUGAAAUUGUACCGGGCUCAUAAACAACAAGCCGCGGUUAGAAAAUGGAGGGGCGCCUUGAAGAGCAUCAGACACCGCGAAGAUAAGUUUGCUCUUCUCGGUUACUUGUAUCAGGCGUACAUGGAUUGGGGCAAAUACAGAGACAGCAUUGAAUUUGGUAAUAAGCAAUUAUGCAUUUCGGAGGAGUUGGAUUCGCCAAACAUGCGGGCAGAAGCGUAUUUGAACUUGGCCAGGGCUCAUGAGAGAUUAGGCGCCCUGGAUAGAGCGUUAGAUUACGCUCGGCACAGCUUGUAUAACGAGUGCGAUCAGUGCGCGACUGCUGGAUUAGUUCACUUAACCGUAGGCAGAGUCCACUUAGAGCUAGCAGGAUUCUGUAAAGCCUUGGAAGCGUUUCAAAGAGCCCACAAAAUCGCCCACUCCAUUCAAGAUCCCUCCUUAGAACUGCAGGUGUACGUCGGUUUGUCGGAACUCUUCUGCAGAUUACAAGACGCGGACAAGAGCGCGAGAUACGCGGCAAGAGCUUACGAUCUUUCCAGAAGUUUACAGCUGGGAGAUCUGAAUUCGCGUCAUCACAGAGCGGCGUUAUUACAAAUGGCCGCGGCACUUAGGAAAAAGGGCGAGCUAGGCGACGCUCAUGAUUACUGCUCGGAGGCAACGCGACUGUCACUAGUUUCUGGCGACCAAGCCAGUUACGCUCGAAGCAUCCGUAUUAUGGGAGACAUUUAUAGAAAAAAGUCGGAUAUAAAUAUGGACGUUUUGCAGAAAGCGUUCCGACAGUAUGAGAGCGCGAUGGGCUCGGCGGCCGCGACUGGCGAUCGACUAUGCCAGAUGGAAGCGAUGGACGGCGCGGCGAGAUGCCUGGAAGCUCUCAGGCUCCAGCACAAGAUAUGCAAUUGCAGACCCCUCGAGUUCAAUACUAGGCUCCUGGAAGUGGCGGGGUCGGUUGGCGCCAAGCUUCUGGUGCGAACAGUAAGGUCCAGAUUAUCGAAAAUUUACGGGUCUCUGGGAGACGAGGAGCAAAAGGGACAUUAUGAGAGAUUGGCGAUUGCGAUGGAGGAAGAUUUGGAGUUACGAUGCGGAAGCUGCAAUGAACCUUUCGGUCUGGAAGCUGAUUCCCUGGAAGCAUUACCUUGCUCUCACAUAUUACACGCUCGAUGCGCAUACGACAUCUUGAAAAGACGUGACAAGAAGAAGAAACGUUUAUGCCCCGAUUGCCACAAGUCUGUCAGUUCACGGCUGUACCUGCAUUGCGAAGAUCCUCAUGGCAUGAAUACUCUAAAUCAUAGUUCCUUGAGCCUGGCGUCAUUGAGGGCCAGCAGCCUAGCAACACUUGAGGAUUGUCAUGCGACGAGUAGCGUUUAAAAAAAAAAAUACACGCGACGAAUUACGUUUAUUUUAACGCGUUGGUAUCCGCAUGCGAUUAGAUAAUUUUAAGGAAUCAUAAUGUGGAAGAUAAGAAAACCAAAGGAAAGUAGUACGAUACAAAAAGAUUUAAUGGCAAUAAAAAGUGCACGCCUCGAUCCAGA